GAUAGUGCGGUGGAAAGAAAGGAGGUGGUUGUUGGGGAAUGAAGAAAAAAACUUUAUAAAAGAAAAAGUGCUGGAGUAAGAUAAUGACAGAAGACAAGAGGAGAGGACAGAGAGCGGAUUACACCUGGUGCGGCGGACAUUAACAUUCACAACCAACAGCCUCAACGCUACCAAAACACUAUUCAGACAUGAUGAAGACCCACUGGCCUCUUCGGUGUUACACCUUGCUGUUCCUCCUCCUGACCCUCAUCACUCCCAUCUCUUCCGAAACCUCCUUGGAGGAUGACGUAGACAGAUUUAUAAACCCGUCAGAGGACUACGACGACGUGUUUGACGACAAAAAGAAAGCCACCACCCCCUCUCCCCCGGACGUGGACCUCACCAUGAAGCCGUGCUACGAGGACAUCUGUAACGACCUGCCGGGCGCCUGCCACGAGCUGCAACAGAAGCACCACUGCAGCUGCCCCGGCGUCGCCCAGGGACCCAGCGCCCUCCCCGAGACCCCCGUCGUCAUGGUCUGGUCGUCGUCGGGAGGAGGCGCUGCGGCCGAGAGCCUGGAGGUGCGCUGGUGCGCCGCGCACUCCCCCAACACCAACUACCGGGUGCUAGUCGGGGGGCGGGAGGUGGGGCUGUUCGGGGAGCUGAAGCGCUCCAUGCUGGGGCUGAGGGGGGUGAGCGGCGGGCAGGAGGUGUGCGUACAGGCGGAGAAUGAGGUGGGCCGCAGCCCGCUGGAGGGGAUGGCGUGCCGGGUGUACGAGCCGCCCAGGGGGAGCCCGGGUCUGGCCCUCAGGAUGGGGCUCAUCGGGGGCGGCGUGGCCCUCGCACUGCUCAUACUCAUCGUCGCCCUGCUGCUGUGGAGGCGCAACAGCAGGAGGAAAGACAUGAGGGCCCGCGGGCACGCAGGACCACUAUGAGGGGCGCGGGACCCCCUUUGAGAACAGGAACUAUUUGUGUGUCUGUGAGAGAGAGAAACAGAGACAGAUAAAGAUUCUCUCUGUAUAUGUCUAUGUUUGUUUUUUGUGGACACGGUUUGUUAACUGUAUGCGUGUGUGUGUUUGAGAGAGAGAGAAACAAAGAAUGAGAGAGACAGACACAGAGAGAUUGUAUGAGUCUAUGUAUGUUUGUUUUGUGUGGAUAUGGUUUGUUAGCUGUGUGUGUGUGUGUGUGUGUGUGUGUGUGUGUGUGUGUGUGUGUGUGUGUGUGUGUGUGUGUGUGUGUGUGUGUGUGUGUGUGUGUGUGUGUGUGUGUGUGUGUGUGUGUGUGUGUGUACGCAAGCAUGAAUGUGUGCGUAUGUGUGCGUGUGACAGAGAGAGAGAGAGAGAGAGAAAAAGACUGAGUAUGAGUGAGUAUUUUUUAUUAUUG